AUGCGCGACGCGUCCUUUAUCGGGCACAAACGCCUCCUUCUGUGGAUCAAUGCGCUGUGUGAGACGGAGCUGACGCGCGUGGAGCAGCUGUGCUCUGGCGCGAUCGCUUGCCAAGUGCUGGACGCGAUGUACCCAACUCGCGUACCCAUGACGAAAGUGGACUGGACCGCAACACAGCCGCACGAGUUUACGCGGAACUACAAGGUGCUACAGAAAGUGCUGACGGCGUUGACGGUGGGGAAGGAGGUUCCAGUGGACCGACUCAUUCGGGGCAAGUAUCAGGACAAUCUGGAGUUCCUGCAGUGGCUCAAGAGCUUUUACGACCGUCAAUCGACUCGGUCGGGGGCUUACGAUGCUCUGGCUCAACGCGCUAAGGGAAAAGGGGGCUCUCGGUACCGAUACAAUGCCGACAAAAGCGACUGGCUCUUGCGUUCGAUACCAUUGAGGAAGAAACGAGCACGGGUUGGGCUGGAUUUAGUCUCUUAUGACGAAGAUCAGGAAGUGGCGUCGGAGUUCAAGGCGAUGGUUGAGACGAUGCAGCAAUUGACGAUCACGAGCAAGGGACUGAUGGAGGAAAAAGAAGCGCUCGUAGCGCAAAUCCGCGAGCUGCGUGAAGCUAUUAAACGCACGAAGAACGAGCGUGAUGUUUACAUGAAGAAACUGGACGCUAUUGGAGAGUUAGUGCACGCUGUGGAGCUGUCAAAGACGUCGAGCGCACAGACGAAUCUGCUUGGACUCUCGAUCCUUGAUGUGGUUUAUGCGACUGAGGAAGAUGAACACGAUGAGGAGCUUCCCUUUUGA